AACGGACCAAUCUGAAUCCAACACGAUUGAAAAGCAGUCGACAGCUGAAACGCGAAUUACUAUUUUACACAUUAUACAAAUACGAUCGGGUUUAUGUAUGGUUAAAGUUGAUUUUCUGUCGAUUAGAACUUUGUGUGAAUUUCAUUUUUAAAUCGAGCUAUGCCAAAAACAUCUAUUUAUAGAGUAUUUUCUUCAUUUUGGGUCUUCCUAUGUACUUUUGAUUAUCAGUUCGAAGGUAUUGAGUCUACAUCUCCAGCUGAAAUUGAAGCCCACUUAGAACUUGGAAGACAGCUCUUAGCACGAGGACAAUAUAGUGAUGCAUUGUCUCAUUAUCAUGCAGCAGUAGAGGGAGACCCAUUAAAUUAUUUAACUUAUUUUAAACGGGCAACUGUAUAUCUUGCAUUAGGAAAAUCCAAAUCUGCUUUAGAAGAUUUAAAUAAAGUUGUUGAAUUGAAACCAGAUUUCUUAGCAGCAAGAUUACAAAGAGGAAGUGUGCUUUUAAAACAAGGAUAUUUAGAUGAAGCUCAUAUAGAUUUUGAAUGGGUUCUUAGGAUUGAUCCUAUGAAUGAAGAAGCUCAAAGAGUUUACUCAUUAAUUGAGCCAUUAAAACAUAGCAUAGAAUUGGCAUAUAUGUAUAUGCAUGAUAGAGAUUAUAUAGCUGCAAUUGAUAUUUUAACCAAAUUAAUUCAUGACUGUCCAUGGGACAUUAAAUUAAGAGAAAUGAGGGCUGAAUGUUAUGAAAGUGUCGAUGAUUUAAUGAAUGCAAUAGGAGAUUUAAGAGCAACAACAAAGUUACGUCCUGAUAAUACUGCUGGAUAUCUUAAAUUAAGCAAUUUACAUUAUCAAUUAGGUGAAGCAGAUGAAUCUCUAAAGCGUUCCUUACAAGACUUUUCUACUGAAGGAAAAUAUGAUGAAUGUGUAGAAAAGGGAAAUGCCGCUUUAAAGACUGAAUCAGAAGUUCCACGUUUAGUCCAUUUUAUUAAAUCCAAACUGUGUUAUUGUCAUAAUAAAGCAGGACAAGUUAAUAAAGCUAUUGAUAUAUGUACAGAAGCACUUAAAUUAUUCAGUGAAGAUGUAAAUGUUCUUUGUGAUCGUGCUGAGGCUUAUACUGCUUCAGAAUUAUUUGAUGAUGCUCUUCAUGAUUAUCAGAAAGCCGCGAAUAUAGAUGAAAAUUCUCGUAGAGCACAUGAUGGCUUAAAGAAAAUCCAGAAAUUAAUAAAACAAUCAAAGAAAAGAGAUUAUUAUAAAAUACUGGGAGUCAAAAGGACGGCUGGUAAAAGAGAAAUACUGAAAGCAUAUCGUAAACUUGCUCAGAAAUGGCAUCCCGACAACUUUCAGGAGGGAGAUGAAAAGAAAAUUGCCGAGAAAAAGUUUAUUGAUAUUGCAUCUGCAAAGGAGGUCCUCACUGAUCCAGAAAAGAGGCAAAAAUUUGAUAAUGGAGAAGAUCCACUUGAUCCUGAAUCUCAGCAAGGACAAGGUUUUAAUCCAUUUCAAGGAUUUAACCCAUUUGGACAUGGAGGAGGACCUUUUACUUUUAAAUUUCACUUCAGUUGAGUGUUUAGUGCUUAAAUGUACACAAAACAGAGACAUUUUUUUAAAAAGAACAAUUUCAUAAAAUUAUGAUAAUUGAACUUUGCCACAUCCCAAAGAAGUGCCUACAAUUGGACUUGAUACAGGUUAAAGGAGAUUAGUUUUUUAUUUAACAAACUUUCACUUACUCAAUGGAAAAUGAGAGCUUUCCAUUCUAUUAUUAUCUGUUUUUAACUGAUAAUUGAAUUAUUAAUAAAUAAAAUUAUAUUUAUUGAAAUAAUUUAAUUCUAAAUUGAUGUAAGUUUGUUAAAUAAAUUAUGUCUCCAUGAAAAAUUCCGAAAUUCCUAGUCGUGAGAUUCAAAGUGAAAUCAAGCAACAUCAUGAAAGGAAAAAUUGUUUUAUUGACUAGGAUCAUUAAUAUGCAAUCAAUUUCUGGUUACCUCAGCUUCUUCCAAAUGUCAUUUUGUUGAUGUUCACUCAUAUUUAAGAAUUUAGUUUGUGCCAUUUGUUUAAAACAAAGGAAAAUACUUUUUGAAAGAAACUUGAAACUUAAUCAUGUUUUAGAAUAUAAUUGAAAUGAUUAUCCAGAUAGCAAUUUGUCACAUUUAAAAAAACACAUAGUAUUUUCUGUAAAUAAAUGUGUAUUGUUCUGUGCACAUUCAUCCAUAUGUAUAAAGAACUUUCAUUAAAAACUCUUCAAAGAAUGCA